AUGGCCCACGGCAUUUCCUCGAAACGCUCCCAGAAAUUUCGCCACCGCCUUGAGAGGAGGCUGAGAAACGACGUGCUCAGCACAUUGCCAGCACGAUGCAGCCACCCCAAGGACGUGGCCAACGCGCACAUUGAUGUGGGCAACAACACGCUGCUCAACGCCCGCCUGCGCUACACCUGCAACCCGGGCUACAAGCGCAAAGCCGGUACCUCCAGCCUCAUCCAGUGCAUCCUCCGCGAUGGCUCCACCGAGCCCGACUGGACCCACACCACGCUGCAAUGCAUCCGGGACCCGGCUCUACCUCCGCUAGCCCCCAGCCCUGAGCUCCCGACCACGCCGCACACCGAGAGGACGACCCGGAGGGGAACCACCAAGACCAGCCUGACCUCCAGCCCCUCUGCAGCAACAACGCCUGGGCCGCCGGGAGCUGCCGGCUGGUCACCCGUGCCACCGGUACCUGAUGGGCCAUCGCUGGAGACACCAAUGCCACCAGAGAUGCCCCCACCACUGGAAACAUCCACACCAGGAGAGGGCACAUCCCUGGGGACAACCCCACUGUCCACCGCCCCCCCAGACCAUGCCGCAGUUUCCAUCCAGACACUGGCCUCUUCCAUUGGGCUCCCGGUGCUGGUGGUCGCUGGCGUCGUGGCCUGCUGCUGCUGGAGGAUGAAAACGCGGGCAGGGCAGGGCUACGCGGCAGCGGUGAUGGCCAUCCCCAUGGUGGCUCCUGCUGCUGAGAACGAGGAGAUGUUGCCGCCCGGCAUCUUCCCCACGGGCUGA